AUGGACUUGCUCGCCUCUGGACGGUCAGGGGCGUCCAUCGUCCUUGGAGCUUUCCUUGGCACAUCCCAAACUGUGCCUGCAAGCAGAGGAUAUCCAUUCACCAUGCCCGACUCCAAUACACCAACACCAGCAGCACCGGGCGCCGGACAAGCCGACGUCUGCCCCGUCGACCACAAAGCCCGGGAACUCUGGCUCUCCCAAGCCCGCGCCGCAUCAAACACUACAGACUCGGCCGCGCCUCCGAACGCACAGCAGCUCCCGUCCAACCACCCUCCCCUACCUUCGGCAUCAACUUCGGCUUCAACAACCACACAAUCAUCUUCCUCCUGGACAACGACACUCCGUUCCUAUCUCCCUUUCGCAUCCUCCCCGUCCUCCUCCACCACACCGCAAUCUUCUCAACCAACCCGCUCCGCAGAACAAGAACGCCUUGACACCCACCGUGUCGUCUCCUCCAUUCCCCGCACCGUCAACCCGGGAGCCUCCUCCUGUCCCGUCGACCAUGCAACCUCCCCGUCUCCGGCGGCGGCUCCGGAACCAGCACAGCCCCCUGCCAACAGCGAGCGCGAUACCGGCGCCGACCCCGUGACGGGGAACUGGGUAUACCCUUCCGAGAAGAUGUUCUUUGACGCCAUGCGUCGCAAGGGCCACGACAAGGUCCGCGACGUCGACAUGAAGACCGUGGUCCCUAUCCACAACGCCGUCAACGAGCGUGCGUGGAAGGAAAUUCGGGAAUGGGAGAAACCUUAUGUCGAAGGCGCUGCCUGCGACGGUCCCCGCCUCCAUUCCUUCACGGGACUUUCGGAACGCAUGUCCCCCAAGGCCCGCCUCAACACGCUCCUGGGCUACACUGCGCCCUUCGACCGACACGACUGGGUCGUCGACCGGUGCGGUGUGCGCGUCGAGUACGUGAUCGACUUUUACGCGGGCCGAAGCGGCACCAAGGACGCCCUGGGCCGGCCGAGCUUCUAUCUGGACGUUCGCCCCAAGCUGAAUACCUGGGAGGGCGUCAAGAUGCGCGCUGCCCGUACAUUGGGGCUCGUGUAA